AUGCGAGGACUUGGCUCAGAGCGGCUCAUCGAGAGAGUCAAGUGGUUGCCCUCGCGCUGUGGGAUGAUAUCCAGCACAGAGGUCACAGUCAGAGGUCACAGUCAGAGGUCACAGUCAGAGGUCACAGUCAGAGGACACAGGUCAGAGGACACAGGUCAGAGGUCAGAGGACGCAGGUCAGAGGACACAGGUCAGAGGACAGAGGUCACAGGUCAGAGGACACAGGUCAGAGGUCAGAGGACGCAGGUCAGAGGUCACAGGUCAGGGGACAGAGGUCACAGGUCAGAGGACAGAGGUCAGAGGACACAGGUCAGAGGACACAGGUCAGAGGACACAGGUCACAAUCAGAGGACACAGGUCAGAGGUCACAGGUCAGAGGUCAGAGGUCAGAGGACACAGGUCAAAGGUCAGAGGACACAGGUCAGAGGACACAGGUCAAAGGACACAGGUCAGAGGUCACACCAUCACUGUGCGGCAGGUGCGGCGCCUGUGCCAGGAGAACCAGUGGCUCAGGGACCAGGUGGCAGGAGACCAGCAGAAGCUGCAGGAGCGAGAGCAGGAGGUGGUCACUCUGGAGGAGCACAACCAGCACCUCCUCUUUAUGUCCUCCAUCCGCAAGUACGACCUGGACCAGGAGGGGGCGACGAACGACAAAGACUCGUGUCCCACUGGAGGAAGUCUGGACGACCUGUUUCCUCCUGAGGACCACGCCGCCCCGGGGGCCCCCAGGGGCCACAGCAGUGCAGAGGUGGCGGCGCAGCAGGGAGGGUAUGAGAUCCCGGCCCGUCUGCGUACGCUGCACAACCUGGUGAUCCAGUACGCUUCGCAGGGACGCUACGAGGUGGCUGUGCCGCUCUGCAAACAGGCGCUGGAGGACCUGGAGAAGUCUUCUGGACACGACCAUCCUGACGUGGCCACCAUGCUGAACAUCCUGGCUCUGGUUUACAGGGACCAGAACAAAUACAAAGAAGCAGCGAACCUUCUGAAUGAUGCUCUGGCGAUCCGCGAGAAGACGCUGGGCCUGGACCACCCUGCGGUGGCCGCCACGCUCAACAACCUGGCCGUGCUCUACGGGAAGCGGGGAAAGUACAAAGAGGCGGAGCCACUGUGCAAGAGGGCUCUGGAGAUCCGGGAGAAGGUUCUGGGAGAGCAGCACCCGGACGUGGCUAAACAGCUGAAUAACUUGGCGCUGCUGUGUCAGAACCAGGGGAAGUACAGCGAGGUGGAGCUGUACUAUCAACGAGCUCUGACCAUCUACCAGCAGCAGAGAGGACCAGAUGACAGCAACGUGGCCAAGACCAAGAACAACCUGGCCUCGUGUUUCCUCAAACAGGGGAAGUACCAGCAGGCAGAGGCGUUGUACAAAGAGAUCCUGAGCCGCGCUCACAGCUCCAGUGUGGAAGGUGAGGGGCCCAGCUGGUCGGGGGCCGCAGACGGUGCAGCUCCAGGGCUGAGGCGCAGCGGCUCCUUCACCAAACUGAGGGAGUCGCUGCGUCGCAGCAGUGAGAAACUGGUGCGGAAACUGAGAGGAGGCGCAGAGGAGCCCCAUCCCAGGAGCGCAGGGUGA